CAGUAAGCGGAGCGGCGUUGACGUGAUUGGUCGCCGCGUCCUCAAUGCCCCGCGUUUUGAAUUUAAAAUAGUCGCGAUUGAAUUUACUGUGGAAGAAACAAUGAUUUGUACUAAGUUCAAAGUUUUGUUUUCUUCAUAAUUAUUGUUGGGACUUUUCGUGUUUUUAUGAUGGUAAUAAACGUGACAGUGUUAAAAGAUAAGGUCGAGAAAGAAGUUAUGAAUAAGGCACUUACGGCCUUUCUGCAAUGACGAAUUUCCCAUCGUAAUACUUAUCAGCCCAUAAAUUGCGUCCGUCAAACGGGAAAAUGGAAUUAGCACGGCAAGUGUCGGCUAUUACCUCUCAAAGUCUAGGAAAAUUGAUGUGCAGUUAUAAAAUUGAAGAAGAAAUGAUUGGAUUCGUGACAAUAUGAAAAUCAAGCACUAUCCAGGAAAAGUCGUCAUGGAGGACCCGUGGCUCUCUAUUAACGACAGGACCAUGGACCUCGUGUAUGCAGCCAAUUGGGUUGGGGCACAGAAUCUCGGCACUUAUAAUGAAAACAAUGAUAAGUCGAACAAGGUCAAAUUCAAUUCGAUAUCCAGAAGCAAGUCGUGCAGAGAUGUGGGUCGCAGUAAUGAAAGGGACUAUGAGAACAAAACAUACUCAUUAGAAGAUAAUGGAUACAAUUACUCAAAUAACGUUCCUACUGAAAACUUAUCUCAGUUAGCUAAGUAUCAACAAAAUAUAGAAGAAAAAGUCAGAGAGAACAAUAAUUUCAUUAUUCAAAAUAAGUUAAAGCACAGUUACAGUUUUAAAGAUAUGCCAAAUGGAUACAAACCAUCAACACUAAAAAGGGUUAAGCGAAGAAAUUUUACUGAGUGGGAUAUUGAGUCAUUUGGAUCUAACAGUAAACAACCCCCCGUACCACCACAGCGAAAGGAUUCUCUGAAAUACGCACACCGGCAGAGAAAAGUGGAUUCAAAGAAAAAUUAUUAUCCGCUUCCUGAUCCCGGGCCAGUACCAAUCGAUCCAUCUGCUGAAUCUUAUUAUGAAUAUUAUUCGCGAGUAAGCCAACAAAACAAUGAUACUGAUAGUGAUAAGAUAAAGCAGCUACAAACCGACACCAAAAAAGAAAAACCUUCUCAAAAUGGGGAAUCCAAACAAAAUGGAACAGUUCGUGGAUUCAGUAAUGAUACAAUGUAUCAGCUGAUAAAUACAAUGGCCACUCUAGAUCUCACCCCGAUAAAGUCUAGGACCGGAAAGCCGGGCCAUGACAUGGACGGCGAACCGGAAGAUUUGGGUUUAUACGCGCAGGCAGCUAAUGAGUCGUUAUCUACAUGCGAUCCACUUCCGGAGCACACUACGCAACCGACCAACGAACGAAACGGACGCAUCGAAGAUGCUAAACCUAGCUUCCGUUCUAAGUCAAUGAGAGUUAAAAGCGAAGGGAGAGCACCUCUUCGGGCUUAUCUUGACGUCGUCCAACCUAACAGCGAACCUUAUAAUGGUGUCACAGUUACUCAGCCAAAGAGGAAUCUGUCGCCAGGUGAACAAUUGACACUGAUGCAGUAUGAAAUGUUUAAUGGAAACAAGAAUCCACCCGCUCUUCUUAUUAGUAACGGGUUCCAAUCGAUUGAUUUAGGAAAAGAAAGUGACUAUCGGACUACAAAUGGUGUUGCGAAACAAAUCAAACGUGAUAAGUACGGAAAGUUAUAUAAUACAGUGAGAGUGAAAAGUGACGAUAGGUAUGAUAGGUACAAUGACAUUUUAGCUUUUGGAUCGCAUAAGGAACGCAGUGAGGAACGUGUGAUGAAUGGCAACGGUGUAUAUUCGCGAAGUGCUAAGAGUUCUUCGAGCGGUUCGGAUUCUGACUUUUCCAUUCCUCGACCGAAACUUAUAGUGCCGGUGCAUACUUACGGGACUCGAAAACGAAGGACUGGAAAUCUCUGUCACAGAGAUAGCAACGCUACUGAUUCAACAUUAGACGCCGGAAUUGUACUUGAUGUCACGAGAUUAGAAGACCAAACUGACAAAUCGCUGGAAAAACAACGCAAUGGAGAAUCAGAGGGUCGCGUGGAGGUCUCCAGAGAGAACAAGUACCUCAGUACGAUGGCACCAGGCAAAGUCUUCGGUGAGCUGGCCAUCCUCUACAACUGCAAGAGAACUGCUACCAUCAAGGCGGCAACAGACUGUAGAUUAUGGGCCAUCGAACGACAAUGCUUCCAGACCAUCAUGAUGCGAACUGGUCUGAUACGCCAAGCUGAAUACACUGACUUCCUUAAGAGUGUUCCGAUAUUCAAGGACUUGCCCGAAGACACGUUGAUCAAAAUCUCAGACGUCCUAGAAGAAACGCAUUACCAGAAUGGUGACUACAUCGUGAGACAAGGCGCUCGUGGUGAUACCUUCUUCAUCAUCUCUAAAGGACAGGUUAAAGUCACGCAAAAGCAACCAAACGGCAACGAUGAGAAAUUCCUCAGAACUCUUGGAAAAGGCGACUUUUUCGGAGAGAAGGCGUUGCAGGGCGAUGACCUUCGAACGGCGAACAUUAUCUGUGAUUCUCCAGAAGGCACAACGUGUCUGGUCAUCGACAGAGAAACCUUCAACCAACUUAUAUCUACCCUUGACGAGAUCCGGACUAAGUACAAGGAUGAAGGCGACAGCAGACAAAGACUCAACGAAGAGUUUGCCAACCUUCGUCUGUCGGAUCUUCGCAUCAUCGCUACCCUGGGUAUUGGUGGUUUCGGCAGAGUCGAGCUUGUGCAGAUACAAGGAGAUCCCAGCAGGUCUUUCGCGUUAAAGCAAAUGAAGAAAGCCCAGAUCGUUGAGACUCGACAACAGCAGCAUAUAAUGUCUGAGAAGGAGAUCAUGUCAGAGAUGAACUGCGAAUUCAUCGUCAAACUGUACAAGACGUUUAAGGACAGGAAAUACCUUUACAUGCUGAUGGAAACUUGCCUUGGAGGAGAGUUAUGGACUAUAUUGAGAGAUAGAGGACAAUUUGACGAUGCCACGACAAGAUUCUACACGGCUUGCGUAGUAGAAGCUUUCCACUAUUUACAUUCUAGGAAUAUAAUUUACAGGGACCUCAAACCAGAGAAUCUGCUUUUGGACUCGAAGGGUUACGUGAAGCUAGUAGACUUUGGGUUCUCCAAGAAGCUACAGGCGAGCAGGAAGACCUGGACUUUCUGCGGAACACCGGAGUAUGUGGCGCCUGAGGUCAUCAUGAACAGAGGUCAUGACAUCAGCGCGGACUAUUGGUCCUUAGGUGUACUCAUGUUCGAACUCCUCACUGGCUCCCCACCAUUCACCGGGGCUGACCCUAUGAAGACGUACAACAAGAUCCUCAAGGGUAUCGAUGCCGUGGAGUUCCCUCGUUGCAUCACAAGGAACGCUGCCAAUCUGAUCAAGAAGCUAUGUCGGGACAACCCUGCUGAGCGGCUCGGGUACCAGAGGGGAGGCAUAACUGAGAUACAGAAGCACAAAUGGUUCGAUGGAUUCAACUGGGAAGGUCUGGCGCAACGUACUCUGGACCCUCCAAUCAUGCCCGUGGUGAAAUCUCCAUUGGACACACACAACUUCGACCAAUAUCCCGCAGAUGCGGAUGAACCACCACCCGACGAUCUUUCAGGGUGGGACGCUACUUUCUAAUUCAGUCAGGUUAUCUACCUGAGCAAGAAAUACAAGAAGAAAGAGACAGGUAUAUUUCUGUCGGCUACGGUUCGGGGUUGUGUUGCCAAAAAAUAAUGGUAACACGAAUGACUAAAGCAAAUAAUAUAAUGUUUGUAGAACAAAAUUAAGAUAUUUUUUAAACUUGCAUGUUUGAUACACGUUUUUAAAAUACGACUCUUAUCUAUCAUUUAUUUUUUAAUUUGUAAAAUAUUUUUUGCCAUUAAAUUAAUGAAAAAGCUUGCCAAUGGCAAUUACCAUAUUUUAUUUCGAGUAGUAAAUAAACGUAAAUAUGUAAACUAAUCACGUGAUACUACAUACCUACAAUGCAUAUUUCAAUACGAUGAUACUUUUUAAAAUAAUAAUUUGAAUGAAAAGUAAAUACGGUAUUUUUGUUAAUAAUUUAUAUUGUUAUUAUAUAUUAUUUCGUUUAAAUUCGGUUAUUUUUAUAAUUUCCCCACAGAAACUUAAUACAGUUUACAUUUUUUAAUUAUUUUUUGCAGCAAGUUAAAUUUUAAAAUAAAAUAAUUAUUAUAUUUUAAUUAAAAAUAAAGGUGAUGAUAUAAAUCACAAAAUUUUAGUCAAUUGUGUAUAGAAUAAUAAAUAAUAUUGAAUUGCUAUUAAAAAUAAUGUUCAUCGUUGUAGCAUGUGAUCUUCAUUCAUUUGCAUUAUAACUUUGAAACGGUACAGACAGAUAAAAUAUAUUUAUAGUAUAUUUUGUGAAAAUAUCAACAUACAAAAUUUAUAACCUCCUUUUUUCGAAGUCGGUUAAAAUGUAUUUCAUCUAUUUGUCUACGGCGAUGUUAUGAACAUGUUUUUUAAUCCUUGUGGUGCUCAAAUGGAAAAUCAAGAAUAUUAUACCGAAGCAUACUUGCGUUUAAAAUUUUAUCAACUUACAUAUUUCUUUAUAUUUUAGUUAUUUAGUAAAUAUUUUAUUUAUUAAGCUUAAUUGUAAAUUUCUACGUCAUAAGUAUCCAAAAGUCCACUAAUAGUUUGUUUUAAGCUUCUUAACGUUUAGUUUGUCAUGUGCUAAACAAAAUUUUGUGCUUUUUUCAACGGUAGCUAUCUCUAAGCAUGACAUAGUUCUAAGACUAAUCAUUUCACUUAUUUAAAAUAGUCAAUUUAUAUUUAAGUCUUCCAUAUUUAAGCUUUUCAUUGUAAAUAUCUUUUAGUUGAAUAUCAAAAUUUGUUAUUGAAAAUAAAAAUGUGUAUGAAUUUUGUAACAGUGGGGUGAAACGUAAUGCAAUGUUUGUAAUUAUUAAUUUUUAACUAAAAUAAGGACAUUUAUUUUUGUAAUCAUAGCCUGUAAAUUGAAUAUUGUAACGAUUUUGAGAAAUGUAUAAAUAUACAUUAAUUUAAUUAGACAA